UCUGUACUGGGGACACAGUGAAUGUGCUUCAUAUACAUGGAUAUACAAUUAUUUGGGAAUUAAUUUGGGAUAUAAGAAGUGUGCAUGGAGGGAGGGGGGAUGUACCUGGCUAAUAACCCCACUAUCAGUUAUACCAUAAAUAUUUAGAAAUGGAAUCUGAAUGGAAGGGAUAUUUUUAGCCGGUUAAUGAGGGCUGGAAGCUAUUUUUGUCCCUGAUCCCUUCUUCCUCCCUCCUGAGUGAUGGAUUGCAAGCUGUUUGUCCACCCCUCCCUCUCCUGGUUGGUGUCAGGCUCCCAUGUCACCCCCCUCUCAAGGUGGCUCAAGUGGGCUGCUCUGAUUUGACCUCCUCUGUGAUGUCACGGAAACUUACUCCUCUGAGUCCCUAAAGAUGUCACAGUACAAUGAGCCAAUGAGAGAGGAGCUGGGUGUAUAUAAGGGGCAGGAGACUGGCGCUGAAGCAACAAUCAGGAUUGUCCUGUCCAAAAGGCACCAAAAACUCCUUGAGAGAAGAGAUCGGAGAUUUGGUGCAAGCAGAGCCUGUCCCGAAAUUCAGCAAGAUGGAUCCCAGUAUCUACUACUGCCCAGAGCUCGCCCCGCAGGAGGUCCCAAGCCUGGAGGGCAGGUCAGAAGGUUCAGGCACCCUCCCGACUCCCGGCAACUCCCUGCCAUGUGAUGAAUUCCUGCCCUCUUUCCAGACGUUGUUACCAGCACUAACAGAGCAAAUACAGCCAGGGCAGCAGGAGACGAUGAUGAUGCCCCCUACUGGGGAUUUGCUGUAUCACACUCAGCACCAAUCUCCCUUCACUGCUAUGGAUGAGAGCUACUCCCAGGGCGCAGGCUCGGUUGGGGAUCAGAGUUUCUCGUGGGCAUCACAGGAAUGGCACAGCUGGGACGAAACCACCUGGAUGGGCUGCAACUCUUUUGAGGCUUCAGUUCCUCCAUCACCACUUGUUAAUCCUGGAAGUCAACACUCAGCAGCAAACAGAGCUCCCCCUGCAGCCUUUCCUCUCAAUGACUCUCCUCACCAUCAAGCCCACAGCUUGGGCCCCCGCCGCUCCAGUACAGAAAAUGAGAGAUACCAUCAUCCCUAUAGACUGAACAGCACCGGGAUCAAGGACAAGAAACCACUGCCAACAGCAAGCUCCGGCCCAAUUCAGCUCUGGCAGUUCCUCCUGGAGUUACUGCAAGAUUCCUCCUGCCAGAAGCUUAUCAGCUGGACGGGGAAUGGCUGGGAGUUUAAACUUUCUGACCCCAACGAGGUGGCCAGGCGAUGGGGCAGACGUAAGAACAAGCCACGGAUGAACUACGAGAAGCUGAGCCGUGGGCUGAGGUAUUAUUAUCACAAGAACAUCAUACAUAAGACUGGAGGUCAGCGCUACGUGUACAGAUUUGUCUGUGACCUGCAGGACCUUCUGUCCCGACCCACUCAGACAUCACAGCCUCCCACCAAAACCCAGAGAUCCAGGAUUCAAUAAUCAUGUGAGGGGACCUGGAGCGGAUUCUGGACUUCUGAGAAUGAGCCCAGGGCUGCUGCUACAUCACAGUCAUGCACUAAAGCAAAUAUCUGCUCUUGCUGAACUAGAAGUCUUACGUUGGAGACAGUUGCAGCCUGAGGGGGCGGUACAAGCAGACAGUGACUGCACUAGGCUCCGCCCACUGGGCAGCAGUUGGAUCCAGUGGAAAAGUAAAAAACACUAUUGAGCCCCAAAACUUCUGCCUCUAAAUUCACUGACGAAAAGUCCGGAGCAGAUCCAUUAACUCUAGAAGCAAAAAGGCCUCGAUUGUAUUGUACAGAGAACAGCACAGGCAUCACUUACACUUUUAUAUUAGGGCAGGAGAACAUGUGGCUUCCUUCUAUUAUGAAUUAAAGGGCCACACACAUUCCGAUGAAGACAGCCAUUACUGGAGGCUGCUGGGGGUUAGAAUUCAGCAACAAACAGAGGCUCCCUGAUAAAGCACUGAAUAGAAAUAGUGAUUGGCUGCCUUUCUGGGUUCUGUGAGCACCCAUUGGUCCAAUCCUAAGGAAGUGGGCGGGCACACUGGCUGGAAAGCAGGUUACAGUCCCGCCUUGUCUUUAUAAGAUGCUCUUUCUCAGGUACAAAUCUACCCAGUGUUUUGUAAAUAGACAGAUGUUUUCUUAUAUUUGUAUUUUCCUAUUAAUAAAUAAUUUUAUUUACUGA